GUUUUCGUUGUGUUGUGUUCCAGCCGGCUCCCUUUUGUUUUCGAUUAUUUUCGAUAAUUAUUUUCGAUGAAGCAAAGUAAAACCAUUGAUAAACCAAACGUAAAUUAAUUAUUUUUCAUUUCAACUGUUUCGCUCGAAGUUUAAAAUUACAUCGGAUGCCUCCAACCCUCCAUAAUUUUUCAAACUGACGUGUUUGAAGUAUUUUAUAUCGCAUUCGUAAUCGCAUUUUGAAUCACCUCUCGAAGAAUAAAGCAAUUCGCAGCUCCUUAAGCAUGGCAUCGGUUUCUGAAAUGGACGUUGACCCGAAAGAUGACGAGCAACCAUCGUCUAGCACUUCAAAAGGCGAAAAAAAGCGUUUCGAGGUGAAGAAAUGGAACGCCGUUGCUCUCUGGGCGUGGGACAUAGUUGUGGACAAUUGUGCAAUUUGUAGAAAUCACAUUAUGGAUUUAUGCAUCGAAUGUCAAGCUAAUCAAGCUUCAGCAACUAGUGAAGAAUGCACCGUGGCUUGGGGUGUUUGUAAUCACGCUUUUCAUUUCCACUGUAUUUCAAGAUGGUUAAAAACACGUCAGGUUUGUCCACUGGAUAACAGGGAGUGGGAAUUUCAGAAGUAUGGGCAUUAAGGUAUUCAUAUUUGAAACAAUUUGAACAUUCGAUUUGGUGAAUUUUACUAGAUACCUAAUGUAUAACUAUAUUCGAUAAGAAAUGUCGAGGAUUCCUAGAAUUUUUUGUUCUUAUUUACACGUACUAAGUAAUGCGCGUUUUCUUGUAUUAUCGUACUUGCUUAGUAAUGAUGUUUCUGUAAAAUUAUCUAUGAAGCUUUGAUUUUUUUAAAUAAAUUAAUGUAAGUACCUACCUA